AUGGAAAAUAUAUCUAUUAGCUUGGACCAUGCAAAGAAAAUGUUGGACAACAUUGAAACUAUGAGGAGUUCCUCAGAUUCGGUCGUGAGGGCGCUCACGGCUGUCGUACGAGAACAGAGUCAUUUCAUUGCCCGGCUGCCCACAGUCACUGAUUACAUUCUCACUAAGCAACGAGAGCAGGAUCGCCAGUUGCAAAAGACGAAAUACCACGUGCCAAAAAUUCCGAGAAGUGGCUGCCCGAAGGUUACGUAUUCGAAAGGAAGAAUAUUACGAAACCUUGGAUUUGGCGAGAAGAAGUGCCCUUUAAGAUGGUGUGAGCUUAUACGUCGAGGAUUUGCUGCAACCCGUUUCAGAAUCAAUGCGGAAUCCACAAACUGGUGGACAAAUCUUGGAAAGGAUGACAAGGAGAGAACAAAAGCUUUUGACGUGCUUUCGCAAGCCAGAAUGGAUCGGGCGGUCUUCGCUCGCAUAGCCCUCGAAAGAGCCUUGUAA